AGGAACCAUGUGCUCCAGAUGUGGAGUCCUGUCACUGAUCAUUCUGCUGUUUAUUCCAGUUUCAGGUUCUCUGGGUCAGAGAGUGACCGUGUACUGCAGUCCUCAGACUGUCUGCGCUCUGAGAGAAUCAGCAGUGAACCUGAUCUGCUCUUACUCAACCACCAACAAACCUCAGCAAAGCUUCUGGUUCAGCCCCAAACUAAAGGCUAAAUGGAGGAAUGAGGAAGAUCCAGAGGAUUUAGCUUUAGACUCAGACUACGCAGGACGAGUGAGAUACACUGAUUAUGGGUUCGGCUCUACUCUCACAAUAACGGACCUGAGAGAGAGAGACUCAGGAGAAUAUCAGCUCAUGAUCAUCACAGGAGGAGGAGAGAGAUCUCUCAGCUCAGCAGUCAGACUAACAGUUUCAGACCUGCAGGUGAGGGUGAGUCCUGUCCCUGUAAAUCAGAGAGAACUGACCUGUAUCACGUCCUGCAAUUUGACUUCUACAUCUUUUUACUGGUCUAAAAAUGGAGGAAGAAUCGACAGGAAAUACAGCCAGAGCACUUUGGUUUCAUCCAGCGAUCCUGGCAGUUACUCCUGCUCUGUUAUCACAGGACGCCAUGAAACCUAUUCCAGUGCAGUGUGUGUUUUUGAUGAGAACUGUUGGAAUGUGAGCUACACAGACAGAAGACUGUGUGCUGUGGAGGGAUCAUCAGUGGACUUUCUCUGCACUUACUCACAUCCCAGUCAUCUCACAGUUAAUGAAGCAUUCUGGUAUUACAAGUCUAAAGUGGAGCCGAAGGAUUUGAGUCUGGACGAGCGAUUUUCUGGUCGAGUUCAGUUUCUCGGGGAUAAAGAGGGAAACUGCACUCUGAGAAUGAGAGACGUGAGAAAGAACGACUCUGGAGAAUAUCACUUUAGAUUUGUUACUAACACUGACAGGAGGGGGAUUCUUUGGUAAACCUGGAGUCAUUCUGAAUGUUACAGGUACCUCUCCACACCAAAUCAGUCUAUCCAGGCUCCGCCCACAAUUACAUUCUUUCCUAGCUACUGUUGCUACAUUGGACACAGUUUAUAGAACUGUUAAUAUUUGACAGAAGACUGUUAACAACUGAGUUGUUCCCAACAACUUCUGAUUAGGUUGAAUAAGAUUUUUGCCAGUGUUCUGUAAAGCUUGUCCAGCUCAAUAACAGUAGCUACAAAAGAACACAGUAGUGGGCGGAGCCUGGAUGGUUCAGUUAUGUCUGUUUGUUUCUAAUUUAAUUAUUUUAUUACAGUCUGAAGGAAAGAUCUGCUCUGGACACAUGUCUGGCCUCUUGAUGAAGAGGGUUUGAAUUCUAUAAGUCAUGUGCCAAAGUUUGCGCACCCUUGUAUAGAUGAUGUUUUGUUGAUUUUUUAAGUGAAAAUAUGUUAACAAUCCUCUACAGAGACACACUUCUGCACAUUUUAAAACACAGUUACUUCAUUUGCUGAAUUUAACACAUUGGAAAAAAAAUCAUGAAAUAUAAAACAUGGUCUAUGCAAAUGUUUUGGCACAUUUUAUAUUGUAUUGUGGUUUCUGCCAUAGGUGCACUGCAUGAAGAGCUUAGGGGGUGUAGCCAUGCAAAGUGACUUCUGGGAGGUGCCACACUCCCAGUUGAAGAUGGACGGUUUUGUGUGGUCUAGUUGUAUUUAUUGGAGUAAUUGUGUCUGAGGAAGGUGGGCUUUGUAGUGAACUUGUGGUUAGAAGUGUCUACCCUCCUUGUAUGAUGUGUCUUCCCACUUCACCCCCUUCCUGUGUUUUUUGUUGGGGUAGUGCCAGGCUGGGCAUUUCUAGUCUUUAUAAAGACUUGCAGUUGAAUUGCUUGUUCAUUAAAGAGCAUUUGCUGAGUUAAAGGCGCAGUAUAAGAUUCUGGAGAAUGAUUGUUGAUAUUUAAACUCAACAGCAAAACAAA